AUGACGACCACAAUCGCAGGCAAGCCGUGCGGGCGAGUAGGUUUCGGCAUGAUCUCCCUCAUGCACCCUGGUUGUAUAUCGACAGAAGACGCCGUGGAAGUUCUCAAAGCUGCUCUAGAGUCUGGCUCGAAUCUCUGGAACGCAGGCGAGCGUUACGGGACUGCUGAGUACAACAGUCUUCACCUCAUCAAAGCCUAUUUUACCAAAUACCCCGAAGACGCCGACAAAGUCAUCGUGACUGUCAAGUUCUGUCUGGAUUCGCGGAAGGGACUGGCGUUCGUUGAUGCUGAGAGUGUCAAGAAGGCUAUGGAUCGAUGCCUGGCUAUCCUUGAUGGGAAGUGUCGAGUUGAUGUCUUUCAGCCUGGGCGUCUGAGCCAUGAUGUCCCCGUCGAGGAGACUGUGGGAGCGUUGGUGGAGUAUGUCAAAGCCGGCAAGAUUGGAGCGGUUGGUUUGAGCGAGUGCAGUGGGGAGUCCAUUCGUAAAGCAGCCUCGGUGACACCUAUCGCACUUGUCGAAGUCGAGCUCAGCUUGUUCGAGACUGGAAUCUACCACAAUGGGGUUGCCGAUGCAUGCAAGGAGAACAAGAUUCCCAUCCUGGCUUACAGUCCUCUCAGUCGUGGGUUUCUGAAUGGCCAGAUCCGGAAGCACGAAGAUAUGGCGAAGACCGAUUAUCGUCACUUCUUUCCUCGAUUCGCGAAGGAGAACUUUGACAACAAUGUCCAGCUUGUCGACGUUGCCGACGCCGUUGCAAAACAGAAAGGCUGCUCGAUCGUUCAGGUCGCUCUAGCUUGGGUCUGUCAGCAGAAGGAUGUUAUUGGAGUUCCUGUCGACCCGAUCCCGGGCACAAUGUCAAUCGAUCGCCUGAAGGAGAACAGUACUGAAGUGGCGCUGACGAAGGAGGAGCUAGGUCAGCUCGAUGACGUGUUGACGAACGUAGAGAUCAAGGGUGCGAGAUACCCUGUGUCUCAGCAGCAUUGGCUGAGCGUGUGA